AUGUUCUUCAACAUUAUUGUUGUUAUUUCUGUGAUCUCUGUUGUCGGAGGAAGACAAUCGAGUAGCUGUAAAGACACGGACAUGAAUUGUGCCUCGUGGAUUGCCGCCAAUGAAACAGACUGCGAAAAUGUGGCACUGGUUAUCAAAAGCUGUCCAAGAAUGUGUGGUUCUUGUGGAGAACCGAUUGAUCCAAAAUAUGAUGUGCGACGAAUUCCGAAGAGGCUGAAAUCGAUUGCCUGGAUGGUCGGACGAUGGCGUUCGGAAUUCGGAGGAAAAGCAUUCUUUCCAACAAUUCCGAAAUUCACCUACGGAGAACAAGUCGACAUCACAAUCGGCGACGUCGAAAUGGGAACUCCGCUAUUGAACUACACCGCGUUCGCAUGGGAUAUCAAUAUGCCAGAAGGAGAUCCGAUCGAGAUCCACUCCGAAAAUGGAUACAUCGCAGUUGAAUAUGAUAAGGAAAGAGAAACUGAAUAUGUUUCAUUGAAUACUGCUAUGAGUAAUGGAUUCAUGACAAUCGAAGAAGGAGAAUCUGGUCCAAAUCAAGUGAAAUUCAAGCUUCAGAGAAUCGGACGAAUCAGUUUCUCUCAUGAUUCCGCCGUUCGCUUGAUGUAUCGCGAAUGGACCCUUCUAGAUGAACAUCGAUUUGAAUCACGUCUUCUGAUGACAACGACAGUUACGCGACGCCUUAUGGAACAUACUGCCGUUAUUUAUAAGAAAAUUUAUCCAUAG